UGAUAUUGAAAUAAAACAUUAAUAUUAUUUUAAUGAAAUAUAUAUGGUAGUAAUUUUAUGUUGAUGCUUUUGCUUUAAUUGUUUUGCAUAAUGUAUCAGUGUUUCCAAACACAUACCUCAACACGUAUGGUAAGUAAUAUUCUGUAUACCAUACAAUAUAUUAAACAGUAAACAUAUACCUACAUACAUUACAAAUUUAUUUAUAUGCUUCUAAAUAUUAUUGUGUAAAGACUGUACAUAAAAAACAUUACUUCCUUUGUAAUACAGAACUGUGUUGGGUAAAAUAGAAAUAUUUUUUACUUACAUAUAAUAUUAAUUAUUUUCAUGACCUUACUGAAUAUUUAAUGUGUUUUUAGCGACAUCUUCUGAAUAUGUUGACAAUUCGAAGGUCAAUGGCAUUUGUGGGCUAACAGUUUGAUAAGAAAAGUUCGCUGAUAAUGGCUUGAUACUUAAUUAUAAAAGUCUAAUUUUUUUUUAUUACACUGGGUUCGUCAGUUUCGUACAUAUCUUUUCUUGAGUAUCAAAAAUGGAUAACAAUAAAUUGAUACUGAAACAAUUUCACAAUUGUAACAUUCUACGGGAUGGCAAGAUUAUAAAUGAAGAUUUAUGGGUUCGUGAUGGAAAAAUUAUAAAUCCUGAAAAGAUUUUUUAUGAUGAAAAAAUUUUACCUGAUUGUAGAAUAGAUUGUCAAGGCGCACUAAUUUCACCAGGUUACAUAGAUUUACAAAUCAACGGUGGUUUUGGUAUAGAUUUUUCACAUAAUAUCGAGAACGUCGAAGAAGGUAUAAAUAAGAUAGCAAAAAAUUUAUUAGCAUAUGGUGUUACAUCAUUUUGUCCUACAUUAGUUACAUCUCCUAGUGAUACAUAUUACAAAGUACUGUCAAAGAUAAAAAAACAAAACGGUGGUAAUCACGGAGCAACUAUAUUAGGUGUUCAUUUAGAAGGUCCAUUUAUAAGUCUUGAUAAAAAAGGUGCUCAUCCUGCAAAAUAUAUUAAAAAUUUUGAACAUGGAUUUAAAUCAUUAAUUGAUAUGUAUGGCAUUUUGGAUAAUGUUUGUCUUCUUACAUUAGCUCCAGAAAUUCCAAAUGCCAUGUCUGUAAUCAAUGAAUUAUGCAAAAGAAAUAUUAAAGUUUCAGUAGGACAUUCUAUUGCCAGUUUAAAUGAAGGAGAGGCAGCAGUAAAACAUGGAGCCACGUUUAUUACACAUCUUUUCAAUGCAAUGUUACCAUUCCACCAUCGUGAUCCAGGAUUAGUUGGCUUAUUGACAUCCGAUCAAAUACCACCUGGAAAGAUUGUUCAUUUUGGCAUCAUAGCUGAUGGUGUUCAUACUCACCCUGCAGCAUUAAGAAUUGCACAUAGAACACAUCCUGAAGGACUCGUCCUUGUAACUGAUGCAAUAUCAGCAUUGGGUUUGAAAGAAGGUGUACAUCAAUUAGGCCAGCUUGAUAUAGAAGUACGUAAAGGGCGUGCCUAUAUUGCUGGUACAAAUACUCUUUGUGGCAGUGUGGCUGAAAUGUCUGAAUGUGUACGUAUUUUUAAGGAAGCAACAGGCUGCUCAGUAGUUGAAGCCUUAGAAGCUGCAACCUUGCAUCCAGCAAGAGCACUAAAAAUUGAAUCUAAAAAAGGUGUAUUAAAUUUUGGUGCUGAUGCUGAUUUUGUUUUACUAGAUGAUAAUCUAGAACUCCUAUCUACAUGGAUAUCAGGAGAUUGUGUUUAUACUAAAUGCAAAUGUACCUUGCAGUCUUCAUGAAAAAUUUUGUCAGUAUGAGAAUAUUAAUAUUAUGAAA